CUGCAUAUCCCUCUCGGGGUAUAUAGCUCUCCGUCCCUCGCCCUCGUUCCUUAUCCCUCCCCCUCCGUCCCGCCAUCCGCCGCCCCUCCGCCGGUUCCUUUCUUAGUUAUUGUCCUCUUGUUCUCGCUGCAUCCAGUACAACCCGGCAUUUUUGUUGUACGAGUGUCGCACCUGGCAUAUUUCAGUCUCAUUUAUUGGCCCACGCAUUUGUACACGCCCGCAUUACUUUCACUUCCGUCCACAUCUUAACGCUGCAAUGGAGACCGCGUCUCUCGAACACGUCAUGGACCACACAAGGACACCCUCCGACUUCAUGGACACCAACAACUUCGGCAACUACGACGCGCUGUCCGGGCUGGACUACCUCCAGUACCCGCACUCGCCGUUUGGCGUGUCUGCCAUGGGUCUGCCGCCCGCCGGUGGCUCGCCGCGCCUCGGUUUCAACUCGUUGAACUUGUCCAACGGUCUGAACGAGUACACGUACACGUCGAGCCCCUCGUACACGACCGGCUCGCCCGCUCGUCCCUUCACGCCCACCGGCAUCUACCCGGGUGCGCUCUCGAACCUGAGCACUGGCGACCUGUCCUCCGACAGCGUCGGCUCUGGCCGCAGCCGCCGCGGCAGUGGCACGCACUCUCCCGGUCCUUCCGCCCCCCCUGGUUCAUUGGCGGCUGUUCCCCGCUCGCACCGCUUCAACCCUCUCGCCACGCCUGUACCCCGCGCCUCCGUGCGCCAGCAGCAGCAGAAGAAGCGGAGCAAGGGCUCCGAGGAAUUCGACAGCGACGACGACGCCGACUUCAACCCUACGAGCACGUUGGCGAACAACGACAUGCGCCGCGAGGAGAUUCGUCGUCAACGCAUCGAGUCGGAGCAGCGGAGGCGCGAUGAGCUCCGCGACGGCUACCGUCGUCUCAAGGACGCUCUUCCCGUGUCCAACCAGAAGUCCAGCAAGGUCUCUUUGUUGGAUCGCGCGACGACUCACAUUCGCUACCUCGAGAUGACCCAGCAGCAGUUGCAGACGAGAUUGCAGGCGGCCGAGGCUGAGACCGCUCGUCUCCGGCAUGUCAACGAGGCGUUGAUGCUCGGCACCGCUGAGCAGCGCCACGCCGCAGCUGCAUCUGCCGCAGCUGCCGCCAACGCCGUCGCCGUUCAGCAGUCAUCCCAGGCGCCGGUUUACUAGGCGUCUCGACGACUCGCCCGCAAAAGCUCGUCAAGCGCGUCUGGACGUGCGAGCAACCGCAAGCAUGGACUAUUCUAAUGUGUAUUCGAUGACCUCAUGAGACUGGAAUCGCUCCUGCCAGGCCUGCAGGAUGCUUACGACAACAAUGGACUAUUUCAUGCAUAACUCACCUUUUGCAAUUUUACGCAUUUUUAUUCCCUUCAUACCGGCAUCUUCACUCCGCAUAUUAUCACCACCAUCCCCCGCAUCGUUACGCAUUCACGACUCGCACACGUUCUACCCCCUUCUCGAGUGGUGCUUA